UCGGCGCGGGCCCGCGAGAUGCCGGUGUUGGCGGCCCGAGCGGCUGCAGCUGCAGCGGCGGGGGAGGCGGCGGCAGAGGCGGCGGCGGGGCCCGGGAGGGGGGUGGCGUGGGGGACCGGCGCGUAGCCGGGACCAUGGAGGGGCAGAGCGGCCGCUGCAAGAUCGUGGUGGUGGGAGACGCAGAGUGCGGCAAGACGGCGCUGCUGCAGGUGUUCGCCAAGGACGCCUAUCCCGGGAGUUAUGUCCCCACCGUGUUUGAGAACUACACCGCGAGCUUUGAGAUCGACAAGCGCCGCAUUGAGCUCAACAUGUGGGACACUUCAGGUUCCUCUUACUAUGAUAAUGUCCGGCCUCUGGCCUAUCCUGAUUCUGAUGCUGUGCUCAUCUGCUUCGACAUUAGCCGACCAGAAACACUGGACAGUGUUCUCAAGAAGUGGCAAGGAGAGACUCAAGAGUUUUGCCCCAAUGCCAAGGUUGUGCUGGUUGGCUGUAAACUGGACAUGCGGACUGACCUGGCCACACUGAGGGAGCUGUCCAAGCAGAGGCUUAUCCCUGUUACACAUGAGCAGGGCACUGUGCUGGCCAAGCAGGUGGGGGCUGUGUCCUACGUUGAGUGCUCCUCCAGGUCCUCUGAGCGCAGCGUCAGGGAUGUCUUCCAUGUGGCCACAGUGGCCUCCCUUGGCCGUGGCCAUAGGCAGCUGCGCCGAACUGACUCACGCCGGGGAAUGCAGCGAUCCACUCAGCUGUCAGGACGGCCAGACCGGGGGAAUGAGGGCGAGAUACACAAGGAUCGAGCCAAGAGCUGCAACCUCAUGUGAGGGGCUAGGAGAGGGCAGAGUGUGAAGAGGGGUGGUGAGGGACACAAUUGUUCCCCUGCCUGCGCCCAGGCUUUCUGACCUCCUGAGCCUGGCUGGGAAGUCAGGGCAGGCAGAGCAAGCAAUUCUUCUGGGCAGGGGAGCUGGAGGGCAGAAGGAUAUCAUCAUUUCUCAUCUCCUCCUCCCUCCUCUUCUCCAGUGGAUAUUGAGGGAGCUAACAGGGCUGGCAUCUGGGGCAUGAACUGAGAUGGGGCAGGUGGGGGUUAGGGAAGCUGAUAUCAAAUAGUGACCUUGGUGGAGUCUCCUAUGUGAAGAGUACCCUCCCUCUCCACCCCCAGUCCCCAUAUCCUGGUUCUGGCCCAAGGAAAAUGUCCAUUCUACGACCUUCUCUUUUCCUCUCCUCUCACUUCUGCAGCUAUUCUCACACACCUAACCUCUAGGCAACAUGCACUAAAUUCAAAAGCAAGGAGAAGCCCUUCCCCCACCAUCAGUCCACCAGCCCUAGAACCUCCCUUGCCUCUACAGUCACCCAAUAAAGCCCAAGUCCAUGGAAAACGGCUGUGGCUUUAGUUUUGUUGCUUUUAAAAAAAAUCAAUCUACCAGUCUCUAGCAGUAAGAGGGAAAGUUAGACCUCAGCCGGGGAACUUUCCAUGUCCGCAGAUAGAACAGAGGACAAAGCCAUAGGUUGGAUCAGAAGUGUCCUUUUAGGAGUCAGAGUUGGGAGACGGAGACAUCUUGGGACUGUUCAUCCCAGUUAAUAAAGUGGGCAAUUCUCAGGCCAUUAGGGGAUUUUAGAGCAGACUGACAUGCAAUUAGUCAGCAUUUCUCAGCCCAGCCAAGCCUGCUGCUAGUGUGGGAGGGGUCCUGCUCACCAUCUGUACCCCUGGCUUGGAGUCUGCUGGUGCCCUGGGGGUUGUGGGGGUGAGAAGGCAUCAAAAACCUCCACAUCACAGAAGCUACCCCUAUACAGCGUGAAGUUUCCUAAGGGGUCAGUAGUUUGAUUCUGGGGUCUUAGAGGCUCAGGCCAGGGACCUUUCUCUCCUUCCAUGCUGAGUUCCUUGAUGACUUUCAGGGAAGCAUCAGCUGUUAGAGUUACCCCUACUCUGUCCCUUCAAGGAAAGAUGGUGGAAAGGACGGCCGAGCGCCUGUUGUCAGGAAAGACAGUGCUGGUCUGUUUUCUCGGGAGUCUGGUUUCAGAUUGUCCUGUAUUCCCUCCCUGGCUCUGGUCCCACUGGCCUCUUUUCGGUGACAUUCUCCCCCAGGAACCAUCCCUGGCCCUUCCCUCCCCCAGCCCCAGCCCUAGCCAGUUCUCCCAGACACACUGGAAGAGAACACUGACCUUACCCAACUGUCUGCUGGGAUCCCACCCAAAUUUAUAGCCCAUUCCUCCCUCUUCAUUCAUUCAGCAAGUAUGUAUUGAACACCAACUGUGUGCCAUACACUGGCUUGGGAGAUUGCAAGGACCAGUCUCUAAGCUUCUGGAGGCCAACCCAAUGUGGAAGAGAAGUACCCCAGGUGUGAGGGUGCCAUGACUGAGGGAUAUUUGUACAUGUACAGGGUGCUAUGGGAGCUCCUUGCAGCCUGAGAAGCCAGUCCUGUUAGCCAGGUCCUGAGGGUUGAAGAGGAGUUUGCCAGGCAGGGAAGGGGUAGGAAAGGCACUCUGGGCAGAGGGUACAGCAUGUGUAAUCACGUGGAGAUGAGAACGAGCAUAGCACUGUUGGGGCUCCCAUGGCAGGAAGAAUAGAAGACAAGGCUAGGAAGGUACCCUGAAGCUACUGCAGGGUCCACAGAGGAACCAGGAUUUCAUUCUGAGGAUGAAUGAAAUCAUCCUCAGAGGAUGAAGCCACCAGGAAUUUCAGGCAGAGAGUGAAGUGAUCAGAGUUGUUUUUUGGAUAGAUGGUUAUCUGGAUGAGGUAUUUGGGGCUGGGAGAUUUGGCUCUGAGAUGUGUCAUUUAAAAUAGCUUGUCAGCAGUGACUCACACCUAUAAUCCCAGCCAAGAUUCCUCCUUUGGGAGGCCAAGCUGGGAGGAUCGCUUGAGGUCAGGAGUUCGAGACUGCAGUGAGCUAUGAUCAUGCCAUUGUCUUCCAGCCUGAGUGUCAGAGUGAGACCCUGUCUCUAAAAGUAAAAAUAAAAAAAAAUGAAAAAUAAAAAAUAGCUUCUCUUUUCCCUUAUGCCAGGUUCCAGUAUUGAGAGACAAGAAAUUCCCACCCACCACUCCCUGGCUCAUCAGAUACCCCUAUCCCAACCUCUCCUAUGGGACUAGUUCAUCUCAGCCCGUCUCAAAGAUUCUAGGAUAACUUCAAUGGCAUUUGAAAUUAUCUAAGUGCCCCUCAAACUGAGACCUGGUUAGGGACUGACUCAAGGACCCUGAGUCCUCGGCUAAGGGUACAGGAGAGGGCAGGGGCUCCAGGCCCAGCUAGGUGGAUCUCCAUCUGUCUUUGAGGACUGACCCUUUCCCCACAAGGACCUGCCAUAAAAAUCGACUUGUGAUUUUUAGCUGAGUGGCUUCUCUUUUCCACUUUGGACUUCUCAGUGCAUAGCAGGUUCAAGCCUGCAAUCACCAAAGUGUAGAAUGUGGAGUGUUUGUGCCCCCUCUUUCCUCUAACCUCCAUCUCCUGCCAUGUGAGCUCAGGGAAUGCAAACAUAAUUAGAAAGAUCAAUCAGCUGGAGGAACCCCCAAAGUUUAAUACCUUUUUAAUACUACCAGGAAUGGAUUUUUGGUCCCUUUCUGCAGGUCUGGAUUGCCAGAUGUUUUGUUUCUGGGGAGGAGGGCUCUGGGCUGAGCAGCUCAGUGGGUGGGAGGAGGGAAUGGGACUGUUCCUGAUCCUCAAAGGCCUCUGUAGGCUGAAGGGAGGGGACCUUACUCCCUUCCCCACCCCAGAUGCAGGAGUCACUCAGCUUUCUUCUCUGCAGCUGUUUCCCUCACAAACGAGACUGGUUUGGGAAACAAUGUAGCCUCGUUAAACAUUUAAUGAAAUAAACAACUAAUCACACUGUGA